AUGUCAAAACCGCCAAAUUAUGCCUUGGCAAGUCCAUCGACGUUGAAUUUGUUAUGUUCAGCCGAUCCGACUAGCUCAAAUGUAGAUCAAACAAAAGUUGAGGUUAAAAAGUAUGCCAAAAAGGAUUUAUACCGGCUAUUGGCGUUUAUGGAAGCCGAGUUACAGGCUAAGGAUGUGGCUUUGGCCGUGGCUAAGGUACGUUUACAGUAAUUUUACCAAGGCAUAGUGGUAUAUUUAGCGCGAAGCAAUUUUAAAUAAAUGAUCGAUGGGUAAGCCUAUUUUCAAAAAAAAAUCAAAGGGGGCUCUUUUCAAUAUUUAGUUUUUAAAUGCUAUUUUUUCAGGCAGAAAAAGCAAAAGCAUAUCUAUAUAAGCAACCUGAAGGAGCAGAAGGCAAAGUUAUGCAAAGUUUACUUUCUGAUGAAGGAAUGACGAUACAAAAAGCUCCGAAUUCACAGUUAGAACAAAUCUUUAGUUUGCCACAUAAAGAACACGAAAAGUUAUUUUUAAAGUACAAGGAAGUUGAAAAUCGACUGGCAAGUGUAAGUUUUAAAUUCAAUUUGAAUACUAUUUUAAAAUUUUUAAUUUAUUUAAAUAUAGAUUACCGUUAAAUUUUUAAUAUUUUGAAAUGUAUUUUAGAGGCUAUUCGAAGUUGAAGAACGACACAAGAAGGAAAUAAAAAUAUUAGAAUCACAACUAAAACGACAUAAUGAUACGAAGGGCAAUAACGAGUCAAAGUUGGUUGCUACGUUGCAACAACAUGUCAAAAGUUUGACUGCUGAGGCAAGUCAUUAUGUUUUUAACUAAAAAAAGUUUUGAACACAUAGUAGAUGACAUUUUGAAUACAUAGUAGAUGACUAAUUUGAUAAAAUUUUUUUUAGUUUUAGUUCAACAAUAUGUGUACUAAUUCAAUUUCAGACAUCCCGAAAACAAUCAGAAAUUGAGCAACGCGACGAAGAAAUAAGUCGCCGUGAUGCAGAUCUCAAAAAGGAGCAAGAACGAGCCAAAGUCAUCAUAUUGUACAUGUUGCACGAACGAAAACAGCUCCUUUCCCAACUGCAUCAACUGCAAAUGCGUGUAAAAAUGGCGGGUCCCGAUGCUGAACAACAUGAAAACAUUCUUGUGGCCGAGUUGAAAAAACAAGUAGCACAACUUAUCGACGAGAAAAGUCAUUUGCAACGAGUGAUGGAUGAACAACAAAAUGACAAAGCGGUUUUGGUUAAUAUUGUACGAGGGUUGGAGGAUGAGAUAAAUUCGUUGAAAGAGCCGCAGGUUAAUGUACCAAAAAAGGGAAAUGAAACGGUAUGCUAUCUACAUUUUUAUGCUAAAAGAUAGGAUAGAUAUAGAGAAGGUAAAUUCAAAUACGGUACAGUAGGGUAGGAUAGAUUAGGUGACAUUAAGAUAGAUGGUUUAAAAAAUAUUUUUAGCCAAAAUCCUUGCCCGGCUAUGUCGUAGCCAAUAAAAAUGCCUUAUCUGGAGACGUAAACAGCUCAAAACCACGGUCACCAAACUACAACUCAAAUUAUACUGGUACGGUAGUGCGCCGAGGGUCUCCCACAAAGUACCGUAUUCAUAAUUCUGCCACAUUUCCCAAUAAUACUGUAGCAUCACCUCCUAAAACUCCAUUGAACGGGAAUACACGGUAGGUUUUUGUGCUUUAUGUUUAUGCUUUAAGGCGAUAAUAAUGAUGUUUGGGCCGUGUAACCGAGCGUAGCGUACGUCUAUCAACUUGCUUAAUCUUUGGGUGAGAUGGAUGUCGUAAAGUGUUGUAAAGUUAUUUGUGUCUUUAAAGUUUCAAAAAGUUCAAACACAACAAUGCUGCCAUUAGAAUUUACAUUUUAAAGCUAAAGCUAUAGGGGAAAAAAGAAAUGUUUUAUUUUAAGCUUUCUUUAGGUUUAAAAACUAUAAAUUCUAGGUACAAUGAACAACAUACACCAGUGUCAAACCUACCUAGGCCAAGUAUGGGUAUGUCGGCACGUCAUCAACCCCCAUUGCCAAACAGCCGACCACCAAUCCAACGACAAAGUCGGCCAACAAUGGGUGUUGCUGUCCAAGAUUACCAAAAUUCUACUGCGAUUCCAGUAGAACAACAGAAGGGAAUGGGAUUGGUACAGCGGUUUAUGAGGCGAUCUACUUCGUUACCUAAACGAAUAAACAAUAAUGAAGUUGUUGAGCAGGCUGGGAGGGGUACGUUUUGAUUUAUUAAAUUUUUACACAGUUUUUGUUAAAAUUUUUUAAUUAUUUAUUAAAAAUUAAAGUAAAAAAUAUUAAUAUUUAAAAUUAAAAUUAAAGUCUUUAUUAAAAAUUAAAAUAUUUUUUAUUUUAAAAUUCUAGUUGUACCGCCGCAAACAACCCCAGGUACGCCACCGUCACCGGGCGGCCGAAAAACCCAACAAAUGAGUUUGCAACGACCGCAACGUCUUCUGUAUGACAAUGGGAAGUCGGGUCACACACGGAUACAGUGA